AUGGCUCAGAGAAUACUAAGAGAUCAUGAAGCUAAUGGAUGGGAACGAUCAGAUUUCCCAAUUCUCUGCCAAUCUUGCCUCGGUGACAAUCCUUACUUACGAAUGGCACUAGCGAAUUUUGACAAGGAAUGCAAGGUAUGUACACGUCCUUUCACUGUGUUUAGGUGGAGACCUGGCCGGAAUGCUAGAUACAAGAAAACCGAAAUCUGCCAAACUUGCUCUAAGUUAAAGAACGUAUGCCAAGUUUGUCUUCUUGAUCUUGAGUAUGGUCUUCCAGUUCAAGUCAGAGACACGACACUCAACAUUACUAGUCAUGGCUCUAUCCCUAGAAGCCAUGUCAACAGAGAGUAUUUUGCUCAAGAACAUGACCGAAUGACUAAUGCUGGACUGGAUUGUGACUCUUCAUACGGGAAGAUGAGACCUAAUGAUACUCUUCUGAACUUUCAAAGAAAAGAACCACACUAUGAAAAGAACCAACCAAAAAUUUGCAGUUUCAACACCAUUGGUAAGUGUACAAGAGGUGUUGGAUGUGCAUUCAGGCAUGAGAUGCCCAAGACUGGAGAGUUAUCACACCAAAACAUAAAAGAUCGUUAUUAUGGUGUAAACGAUCCAGUUGCAAUGAAGUUGCUUAGAAAAGCUGGUGAGAUGAGCAGUUUGGAGCCACCAGAGGAUGAAACCAUCAAAACGCUUUACAUUGGUGGACUUAACUCUAGAACGAUUCUCGAGCAGGACAUAGUAGACCAGUUCUACCCUUAUGGAAAAAUCCAAUCCAUCAGAAUCUUGGCGGAGAAAGCAUGUGCGUUUGUCACGUACACAACUAGACAAGAAGCAGAGAAGGCCAUGCAAGAACUUUCCAACAGGCUAGUCAUCAACGGUCAGAGGCUAAAACUCACAUGGGGAAGAUCUCACGUUCCAAAACAUGAUCAAGAUAGUUGGAAGUACCAACAAGGCAGUAGUGUGGCGGCUCAGAGUGGUUUACUACCUCCACCAAUGCAGCAGCAGAACUACUAUAUGCACCCAGCACCAGCUAACCAGGACAGACCUUAUUACCCAUCAAUGGACCCGCAGAGAAUGGGUGGUUCAGAGAGGGGUUCUUCUUACCUGAUGCCUCCACACCAACCAUACACAUCACCACCAUAUUGA